AUGCACCCUCACCGCCUUCCUUUCCGACUCGUUCCUCGCUAUAUCUUCGCGCGCCGUCCCCGCCCUCCUGCUCCUCCCUCGUCGGCAGUUCACGCUUCUCUCGGGAUCGUGGUCUGGGCUGGCGACUUUGGCGGCUCGGAGCGCCACAUCGGCAGCGUGUUUUUUUUGUUUGGAUACCUCGGGCUUGCAUGGCCCUGGGUGAGAGGCUCAGGCCCAGGUGACGCCCUCAAUUUUUUCACAUUCUUCCAGGAGCCGGAGCGCGAGCUCUGCUCGCUCGCAUGCUCGAACCUGCCCUAUCCACAUGGCAGAGCUCCAGGUAGAGCGGUCUCUUUCUCGAGGGAUCGGGAGGGGUCGUUCGUCGCGUCGCGGGCGAGCGGGGGGGGGCGGAAGCGGAAGAAGAAGCAGCAGGUUCUGAAUUUUUCGAGCCAGGCGCGCGCCAGUCGUACUGCUGUCAGUGGCUGUCUGUUGUGCGGGCCUCUGCUACUUCUUUGCGUAGUUCGCGCCAGAUGGCACAAUUUUCAGUGGCAUCUGGUUGUCACUUAA